AUGGGGCCGAGUUCAGCAGACAGUGAAGUGAUUUUAUCUGUAAGAAUUGAUGCAGUAGAUGGGGGAUGUGUGCAGAGACUUAAGAAGUAUGUGCAAUUUAAAUUACACAAGGACGAUUUUCUCCCCUUUGUAUGUGAUGGCUGUUCAGGUGUCUUUUGCCUUCAGCACAGGAGCCGGGAUGCUCAUGGGUGUUCUGAGGUGAAUAUAAGAAACAAUUCUGUGAAACCAGAUCAGCACAGAUCUUACCCAUGCUCAUACAAGGACUGCAACAGAAAGGAGCUUUUGCCAGUUUUAUGUCCCUACUGUGAAAAACAUUUUUGUCUAAGACACCGGCAUCAAUCAGACCAUGAAUGCGAGAAACUGGACACACCAAAACCUCGAAUGGCUGCCACCCAGCAGCUAGUUAAACAUAUUAUAGAUUCUAAAAAAAAUGAGGAAGAAAAAAGCAAAAAACGUAAAGGAGCGAAAACCAAUGAGACAGCAGCAAAAGUGGCAUUAAUGAAACUGAAAAUGCACGCGUGUGGGGACAAGUCCUUGCCUCAGACAGAAAGAAUUUACUUUCAAGUAUUUUUACCAAAGGGGAACAAAGAGAAAAGCAAGCCCAUGUUCUUUUGCAGUAAGUGGAGUAUUGGCAAAGUAGUAGAUUUUGCAGCUUCCUUAGCAAGCCUUAAAAAUGACAACAACAAAUCAACAUCCCAGAAGCUGAGGUUGUGCCAUGCUGCCUCUGGAGAAGCCUUGCCAUUUGAGCACACAUUGGAGACAUGGCUAUCUGAUAAAGACUGUCCAUUGUACAAUGGUGGAAAUAUAAUUUUGGAGUAUCUUGAUAACGAUGUUCUAUUUAUAGAAGAUACAGAGUCGUAUUUUAGUUAAUUGGUAAAUUGUCACAAACAAAAAAAAUUGAAGAUUUUUGUAGAAGUGUGGUAUUCAAACCAAGUCCAGUUU